CAGAAGCUCCACCAUGAGGCGAGGUGGAUGGAGGAAGAGAGCUGAAAAUGAUGGCUGGGAAAAAUGGGGUGGGUAUAUGGCUGCCAAGGUCCAGAAAUUGGAAGAACAGUUUCGAUCAGAUGCUGCUAUGCAGAAAGAUGGAACUUCAUCUACGAUUUUUAGUGGAGUUGCCAUCUAUGUUAAUGGAUAUACAGAUCCUUCAGCUGAGGAAUUGAGAAAGCUCAUGAUGUUGCAUGGAGGUCAAUACCAUGUGUAUUAUUCUAGAUCUAAAACAACACACAUUAUUGCUACAAAUCUUCCUAAUGCCAAAAUUAAAGAAUUAAAGGGAGAAAAAGUAAUUCGACCAGAAUGGAUUGUAGAAAGCAUCAAAGCUGGGCGACUCUUAUCCUACAUUCCAUAUCAGCUGUACACCAAGCAGUCCAGUGUGCAGAGGGGUCUCAACUUUAAUUCUGUGUGCAAACCUGAGGAUCCUGUGCCAGGUCCAAGCAAUAUAGCCAAACAGCUCCACAGCAGGGUCAUCAAAGCUGGGCGACUCUUAUCCUACAUUCCAUAUCAGCUGUACACCAAGCAGUCCAGUGUGCAGAGGGGUCUCAACUUUAAUUCUGUGUGCAAACCUGAGGAUCCUGUGCCAGGUCCAAGCAAUAUAGCCAAACAGCUCCACAGCAGGGUGAAUCACAUAAUUAAGAAGAUUGAGACAGAAAAUGAAGUCAGAGUCAAUGGAGUGAACAGUUGGAAUGAAGAAGAUGUAAAUGAUGAUUUUAAUUUUGUGGAUCUGGAACAGACCUAUCUGGGAAGGAAACAAAAUGGAAUGCCACAUCCCAGAGGCAGUACUGCCAUUUUUAAUGGACACACUCAUAGCUCUAAUGGUGCCUUAAAGACACAGGAUUGCUCUCUGCCCAUGGGCAACAGUGUUGCCAGCAGGCUCUCUCCAGACUCUGCCCAGGAUGAGGAGAAGGCAGAGAAGAACAGUACUGACUUCAGAGACUGCAGUCUGCAGCAGUUGCAACAGAGCACCAGAAAUGCAGAUGCUCUGCGAAACCCACACAGAACUAAUUCUUUCUCAUUAUCAUCUUUGCACAGUAACACUAAAAUCAAUGGUGCUCACCACUCCACUAUUCAGGGGCCUUCAAGCACAAAAAGCACUUCUUCAGUACCUACUCUUAGCAAGGCAGCACCUUCAGUGCCAUCCAGACCUUCAGACUGCAAUUUUAUUUCAGACUUCUAUUCUCGUUCAAGACUGCAUCACAUAUCAACAUGGAAGUGUGAAUUGACUGAAUUUGUCAAUACCCUACAAAGACAGAGUAGUGGUAUCUUUCCAGGAAGGGAAAAAUUAAAAAAACUGAAAGCAGGCAGGUCUGCACUUGUUGUAACUGACACAGGAAAUAUGUCAGUAUUGAGUUCACCCAGACAUCAGAGCUGUAUAAUGCAUGUUGAUAUGGAUUGCUUCUUUGUGUCAGUGGGUAUACGAAAUAGACCAGAUCUCAAAGGAAAACCAGUGGCUGUUACAAGUAACAGAGGCACAGGAAGGGCACCUUUACGUCCUGGCACUAACCCCCAGCUGGAAUGGCAGUAUUACCAGAAUAAAAUGCUGAAAGGCAAAGCAGAUAUACCAGACUCAUCAGUGUGGGAAAAUCAAGAUUCUGCACAAACAAAUGGAAUUGAUUCUGUUUUGUCAAAGGCUGAAAUUGCAUCUUGUAGUUAUGAAGCCAGACAACUUGGCAUUAAGAAUGGAAUGUUUUUUGGGUAUGCCAAACAGCUAUGUCCUAAUCUUCAAGCUGUUCCAUACGAUUUUCAUGCAUAUAAAGAAGUUGCACGAACAAUGUAUGAAACUUUGGCAAGCUACACUCAUAACAUCGAAGCUGUCAGUUGUGACGAAGCACUGGUAGACAUCACCGAGAUCCUUGCAGAGACCAGGCUUACCCCUGAUGAAUUUGCAAAUGCUAUCCGUACAGAAAUCAAAGACCAGACUAAAUGCGCUGCCUCUGUGGGGAUCGGUUCUAAUAUUCUCCUGGCUAGAAUGGCAACUAGAAAAGCAAAACCAGAUGGGCAGUACCACUUAAAACCAGAAGAAGUAGAUGACUUUAUCAGAGGCCAGCUGGUCACUAAUCUACCAGGAGUUGGACGUUCAAUGGAAUCUAAAUUGACAUCUUUGGGAAUUAAAACUUGUGGAGACUUACAGCAUAUGACCAUGGCAAAACUCCAAAAAGAAUUUGGUCCCAAAACGGGUCAAAUGCUUUACAGGUUCUGCCGUGGUUUGGAUGAUAGACCAGUUCGAACUGAAAAGGAAAGAAAAUCCAUUUCAGCUGAGAUCAACUAUGGCAUCAGGUUUACUCAGCCAAAAGAGGCAGAAGCCUUUCUUCUGAGUCUUUCAGAAGAAAUUCAAAGACGACUUGAAGCUGCUGGUGUGAAGGGUAAACGUCUGACUCUCAAAAUCAUGGUCCGAAAGCCAGGAGCUCCGGUGGAAACUGCUAAAUUUGGAGGUCAUGGAAUUUGUGAUAACAUUGCCAGGACUGUGACUCUUGACCAGGCAACAGAUAGUGCAAAAAUCAUCGGAAAGGCUACACUCAGCAUGUUUCAUACAAUGAAACUGAAUAUAUCGGAUAUGAGAGGGGUUGGGAUUCAAGUCAAUCAGUUGGUUCCAGCUCACGCAAACUCAUCCACAUGGCUCAGUCGCCCAGCAGCUCAGUCAGAUCACUUGCCUGGUGGAUCGCACACUGUGCGUGAGCUUUUCCAAGUUCAGAAAGCAAAGAAAUCCACAGAAGAGGAGCACAAGGAAGUAUUUCUGGCUGCUGUGGAUCUGGAAAUAUCAUCUGCCUCUAAAACUUGCACUUUCUUGCCAUCUUUGUCUGGACAUCAGCCAGCUAGUAUCAGUGUUGAUACUGGCAAAGCUGAAUGUUCAGGGAAAUGGAAUGGUCUGCAUUCUCCCAUCACUGUGCAGUCAAGACUGAACCUGAGUAUAGAGGUUCCAUCCCCUUCCCAGCUUGACCAGUCAGUUUUAGAAGCACUUCCAUCUGAUCUCCGGGAACAAAUAGAGCAAGUUUAUGCUGUUCAGCAAGGAGAGCCACAUGGGGACAGAAAGAAAGAACCGGUGAAUGGCUCUAAUACAGGAAUUUUGCCACAACCGGUUGGAACUGUUUUACUGCAAAUACCAGAACCUCAAGAAUCUAAUAGUGACACAGGAAUAAAUGUAAUAGCCCUUCCAGCUUUUUCACAGGUGGAUCCAGAGGUGUUUGCUGCUCUUCCUGCUAAGGAGCUGAGAGCAGCAUAUGAUCAAAGGCAAAGGCAGGGAGAGACCUUCACCCACCAGCAGCCAGCCAGCACAUCUGUGCCAAAGAAUCCUUUACUUCAGCUAAAGCCAGCAGCAGUGAAAGAUAAGAAAAGAAACAAGAAAAAGACCCCCGUCAGUCCCAAAAGGAAGAUUCAGAGUCCUUUGAAAAACAAGCUGCUUAACAGCCCUGCACACACACUGCCAGGGGCCUGUGGGAGCCCCCAGAAGCUAAUGGAUGGGUUUCUAAAACAUGAAGGAGCAGCUGCUGAGAAACCCCUGGGAGAACUCUCUGCUUCCACUUCAGGUGUGCCAGGCCUUUCUAGCUUGCAGCCUGAUCCAUCUGGCUGUGUGAGACCCCCAGCACCCAAUCUAGCUGGAGCUGUUGAAUUCAAUGAUGUGAAGACCUUGCUUAAAGAAUGGAUAACAACGAUUUCAGAUCCAAUGGAAGAAGACAUUCUGCAAGUUGUGAAAUAUUGUACUGAUUUAAUAGAGGAAAAAGAUUUGGAAAAACUGGAUCUAGUUAUAAAAUACAUGAAAAGGUUGAUGCAGCAGUCGGUGGAAUCAGUUUGGAACAUGGCAUUUGACUUUAUUCUUGACAAUGUUCAGGUGGUUUUACAACAGACUUAUGGAAGCACAUUAAAAGUUACAUAAACGUUACAGGGAGCCUGGCGCUCUCCGCUAGCUGUGCCAUAAGUGCUUGUGAGGUAUUUGCAAAGUGCAUGAUAGUAAUGCUCUGAGUUUUUAUAAUUUUAAAUUUCUUUUUAAGCAAGUGUUUUGUACAUUUCUUUUCAAAAAGUGCCAAAUUUGUCAGUAUUGCAUGUAAAUAAUUGUGUUAAUUCUUUUACUGUAGUAUAGAUUCUAUUUACAAAAUGUUUGUUUAUAAAGUUUUAUGGAUUUUUACAGUGAAGUGUUUACAGUUGUUUAAUAAAGAACUGUAUGUAUAUUUUGUACAGGCUCCUUUUUGUGAAUCCUUAAAAACUCAACUCUAGGAAGCAACUACUGUUUAUUAUACCAAAAGGCUGGAAAAGCUCCAGGCCAGACUGUUACAGGCUCCGUGCUAAACUUUGAAAUUCCUGAGAGGUCCCAGACCGGGAUUCUACUUGUUCCAAGAAAGGGUAAAGCUUCUAAACCAUAUUAUCUUUCUUGUCUCCAAGCAUGAACACAAAAGCAUGUUACACAAAGCUGCUUUUACUUCUUCCAUGUGGAGAAACUUACAUUUUGAAUUAGAACAAUACCCACACCCACUUGAAGAUCAAGUUCUUCCUGGGAAAGUCACGUUCCCCAGAGUUUAGAGGUGGUGUUGUCUUUGCCUCUACUGGCCCUUGAGAAACAACGUAGAUAAAAUAUUUUUCUAUGUUUUAUGUUAUGCUACAACACAAUAAAAAUAUAGUUUAUAAUUAUAUGCAAGUGAACACUUGGAACUUUUUUCUCAAACAUCCCCCCUACCUUCAACACUAUGCUGUCCAAUAGAUAGUGAGAGUCCUUAAAACGGGGCAAGGAGUCUGCUCACUUGGACCGGCUCCCCACAGGCUUCAGGAACACCAUACAACUAGCCCAGAAUCGAUCCAUUCCCUGGUAUUUACAUCUGCCUCAUCAGAAAACAUAUGCAUGAUAGAAUUUCUUAGGACAAAACAGACCAAGAUGAAGGUAUUAAAAAACUCUCUCGUUAACCAUGAACAUACGGUAGACAGUUGAUAAAAUAACUCUCAUCCUGCGUGGUAUGCUGAGGAAGGAGGGUGACUCGGGGGAGAGAAGCUACACUAACAUGGAGGACUAACAGCUCACUGGUCAGUGUCUAUUUUCUUUAUUGGAAGUUUGGAACUGUGAUGCUUACAGUGGACUGUUGUGACUAUACAAGCAGUAAAAAGCAGCCAGCUAUGCUUUACACCAUGGUUUCACACAAAGCAGAUAAAGAAGUAUCAGAAUACCUAAUUUACUAUUUAAAAAAAAAAACUCCUAAGGGCAGAUGGCAGAAGAAGGCUGGAAAAAAAUCACUACGGGAAGAAAAGGCAUAAAUAAGUCUUACAAGAAAAAGUCCCAAGAAUCACAAAAUCUGCAGAAGCUUGGUUAAUCAAAUACUGCAGUAC